AUGGAGAUUGACACUGUCAUCGUCGGCAAUGGGCCGUCGGCCAUGAUCCUUUCGUACAUUCUCCACGGUCAUAUCCCUUAUUACAAGUCCAAUCCGCCACACCCUGAUCAUCUUUUGGACUCCAAGUUGAAGGAUGCACCAGAUCUUUUGAACGCAGACGUCGAUGCUCUGACAGCUCACUUCGACGCUUCACGGUUGUCCUACUCAACGCAGGCCCUACCCGUCAACGUUUUACUGGAUACACUUGUCCGACCAAGCGUAGAUGUGGACGAGCCUGGCUGUAUCUCAAAUGUCGAGUGGCGCCAUCAGCCCGAAAAGGCUGUAUCACACAUGGUUUUUGGGAAGUCCUUGAAGCCUGGAGGCCAAUGGACAGAAGACCCUUUGGGCGCGAGUUGGGACAUCCAAACUUUGAGCUAUGCAGCGAUGCUCUCCUUGCCCGGGUACUCCUUUGCCGACCACCACAUGGCGACCACGGGUAAGGAUUUACCAUCAUACACAAGACCCACGCGGCGCCAAAUCGCGGACUACUUCGCUGCUUAUCCGAGCGCUGCAGGUGUCGUCAACUCCUUCAAGUGUGGUGAGGAAUUGAGCGGAAUCUCACGAACCACGGGUGGGUUUUUCAUACGUUCCCAUGAUAUACAUUGCAAGCGGCUCGUUUUGGCAAGUGGGAUCUUCUCCGAAGUUCUUGCACCGGAGCCUUCGUUGCGCCCGCUUCUACAAAUGAAGUGUGUACCCGAGAUUCCCAUCCUCGUUGUCGGUUCCGGCUUUUCCGCGGCCGAUGCAAUCAUCUCCGCCUCCCCUGACCAAAAGAUCUUACACUUAUUCAAAUGGUCUCCAAACGAAAGACCUUCUCCUCUCCGGGCUUGUCACCAACAGGCAUACCCCGAGUAUGCCGGUGUCUACCGAUUCAUGAAGCGCGCCGCACUCAGUGCCGAAUCGAAGACGAAAGAGCGACCAAAGGCCCGUCGCGCCACUUCGACUCCAUUCCUUGAAAGCAGGAAUUGGGAUGAUAUUUAUCAAGGCCUGCCUAAUGUUGAGAUCAUCUCCACAGAACUCGAUGGCACCAAUGCGACAGUGACUUUCCGCCGCCCGGAUGGAACCACGUUCGCUCAUACUGUGCGAGGCCUUGUCUAUGCCGCUGGCCGGCGGGGCACACUAGAUUACCUUGAUCCUGAACUCAGCUGUGAAGUGCUGGGGCAACCAGAUCAGGGAAACACCGUGGUUACCGGACAAAGUCUUCGCGCAAAGGCCGUUGAGAAUCUCGAGAUCGCCCCGGGUGUCUUUAUCAUCGGAAGUUUGACCGGAGACUCUCUGGUUCGUUUCUCUUAUGGCGGAUGCGUCGCUACAGCUGGCCAUUUGAUGGAUAGCGAGCGCGACACCCGCAGCAUGUGCAGUAGUCUUGUCUCGUCGGCUAAACUGCAUGGGUCUUCGCUGUCCGUCAUGAACGGAAUGGACGGGCAUCUGGUCUAUCCGAGUGAUACAGAUCUCACCCGUGAAGACACCUUCAGCAAGAUAUCGACCGUCACAGAUCAACCCAUUGUGCGUGGCUGGUGGAAAACAAUAUCCCGCAUGUGGAACGGCCUCACGCGAUGA